CAGAAGCAGCUUCUAAAUCUGUGGAGGGCUCAGCUCAUGCACAGCCCUAUCUGCAAGGAAUCCAAUUAAAAUGCAAGAGAGACACUGAGACACACGCAGCUCUACUCUCUUCUCUUUUCUUCUAAUAGAGAUUUCUGCAUUUUCAAGUCCCAGCAGACAUCACCCCCCCCUUCUUUGCGCUCCAUAAGUGGUUGGAGCAAAGACGUGAAAAAAAAAAAUUAGAAUUAGAUUAAAGAGGGGGAACAAAUUACAGUGAAGGGGGAAACAGAAACCUUGUGUCCCCCUUCUAAUCUAUCAUGGUGGAUGCAUGGACAGUUUUGCAGAGCAAAGAUUGACACCUCAAAAUCUUCCAGCCCCCCGCCUCGACCAUUACAAUGUGUUGCAUUGCACUAUGACCUUGGAUGUCCAAACUGUGGUGGUUUUUGCUGUGAUCGUGGUCUUGCUGCUGGUGAACGUGAUUCUUAUGUUUUUCCUGGGCACUCGUUGAACGGAUUUCUCCCUCCGAGCCAUCGGCAGGAGCUUGCAAGAGAGCACAAUACAGUACCGAGCUUGCAAUGCAACUGAGCCUCAUCAUGGACUCACUGUGAUAUCUAAUCAGCGGUGGAUCUAUUGUAAGUGCUGAGGCAGCAUGGGAUCACGUCACCAUGGCCAACCGGGAGUUGGCGUUUAAAGCCGGCGACGUCAUCAAAGUCCUAGAUGCUUCCAACAAGGAUUGGUGGUGGGGUCAGAUUGAUGAAGAGGAAGGAUGGUUUCCUGCCAGCUUUGUGAGGCUCUGGGUAAAUCAGGAAGAUGGAGUGGAGGAGGGCACCAGCGAAGUGCAAAAUGGGCAUUUGGACCCAAGUUCCGACUGCCUAUGUAUUGGCAGAACCCUCCAGAACCGGGAUCAGAUGAGAGCCAAUGUCAUUAAUGAAAUCAUGAGCACAGAAAGACAUUAUAUCAAGCACUUGAAAGAUAUCUGUGAGGGUUAUUUAAAGCAAUGCAGGAAGCGGAGAGACAUGUUCAGUGAUGAACAGUUGAAGGUCAUCUUUGGAAACAUUGAGGACAUCUACCGGUUCCAGAUGGGCUUUGUCAGAGACCUUGAGAAGCAGUACAACAAUGAAGAGCCACAUCUCAGUGAAAUUGGACCAUGUUUUCUAGAACAUCAAGAUGGAUUCUGGAUAUACUCAGAGUACUGUAAUAAUCAUUUGGACGCCUGCAUGGAGCUCUCCAAGCUGAUGAAGGACGGCAGGUACCAGCAUUUCUUUGAAGCGUGCCGACUACUGCAGCAAAUGAUUGACAUUGCCAUCGAUGGGUUCCUUCUGACACCUGUGCAGAAGAUCUGCAAGUACCCGCUUCAGCUGGCUGAGCUACUAAAAUACACAGCACAGGACCACAGUGAUUACAGGUAUGUGGCGGCUGCUCUUGCUGUCAUGAGGAACGUCACCCAACAGAUUAAUGAGCGAAAGAGGAGACUGGAAAACAUUGACAAAAUUGCACAGUGGCAAGCGUCAGUACUGGACUGGGAGGGAGAUGAUAUCCUGGACAGAAGCUCCGAACUUAUUUACACUGGAGAGAUGCAGUGGGUCUACCAGCCGUAUGGACGCCAGCAGCAGAGAGUAUUCUUCCUAUUUGAUCACCAGUUGGUUCUCUGUAAAAAGGACUUGAUUAGGAGAGACAUCCUUUAUUAUAAAGGUCGCUUGGAUAUGGACAGAUAUGAUGUUAUAGAGGUGGAUGAUGGUCGAGAUGAGGACUUUAAUGUCAGUGUGAAGAAUGCCUUUAAACUACAUAACAAGGAGACAGAAGAAAUGCACCUAUACUUCGCCAAGAAGCUAGAAGAGAAGCUGAGGUGGCUGCGUGCCUUCAGGGAAGAGAGGAAGAUGGUGCAGGAAGAUGAGAAAAUUGGUUUUGAAAUCUCAGAAUACCAGAAGAGGCAAGCGGCAAUGACUGUGCGUAAAGUGAGCAAGCAGAAAGCUGGUGUCAGCUGCCCUCGCUCAGUACCUCCAGCAUAUCCGCCGCCUCAGGAGCCAGGGGCCAUCCAGGGACAGUAUAUGGUGACCGACGGCAUUUCACAACCACAAGUUUUUGAGUUCACUGAACCUAGGAGAAGUCAAUCCCCAUUCUGGCAAAACUUCAGCAGGUUGACGCCUUUCAAAAAAUGAUACAGAAAUUUAAAUAUAUAAAUAUAUAUUGAGAAAGGAGUAUUAAAAUUAGAAAAAAAGAAAUUAUAUUUAUAGAUGGCUCUUUUUUCGGAGAAGCACUGUUGCAAUUAUACUAUGAAAGGACCAAAAAGAAAAAAAAACUGGAAAACUAACUAAAAAAGAAAACUUUUUACUCCUUAAACUAUUUCAUUUUAUUUCCUCCCCUACCCGCCGGACAUCAGGAACUGCUCUGCUUUGAAAAGCUCCAUGAUCCAUUUUCUCACUCUGAAGAGUUUAAUUCACAAUCAGAAGAUGUUCGCCGUUUUUCUCCUCGGACUCUGGGACUUUCCUCACUUUCCAUGUUAGUGACCACUCACGUUUCUGAGUCGCCUGGUUUCCAGUGGAAAUUGCACAUAUUGUUUAAAAGAACAUUCUCUCUGAUUUAGAAGGGAAACAUGGUAGUAAAAAGGAAAGCACUCAAACAACACACGCACUGCUUUCAUUUCAUGAUAUCCAUCAACAUACAUCCCAAUGCCUGCAGAUCCAGUGGGACUGCCAAAGAGCCGCUAGUUCCCCUGGUGCUGGAAGGUUUACCUGUGCCUCAUAUUCAUUACUUCCUCAAUGGAACCAUUUUGAAAGUGGUCGCACUCUCAACAAAGCACUGCUGCACAAGAAAUGACAGGGAAAACUAGCAGAAGACAUAGGCUAGGUUAAAGCUGUAUUAACCUAGAUGAACAGAGUUUGGAAGUGGAACUGAGGAACAGCACCCUAUGCUGGCUGUGCAUUGUUAAAUACUCUUCUCAUUUGAAUCUCUGUUUGUUCACAAGGUAUAAAGAGGCAGGAAAAGUAGAACUAUAGCUUCUUGCUCGCCUAGCGAUCCUCCACUAUUGUAGCUGUAGCAGAGCUUUGUAGUUCCCAGUGAGUCUGCUAGCUACUGUGCAGUCUCUCUAUUGCUUUAACUGUUCCGUAAAUGUUCUGGGAUAUGGAUAAAACAUGGCUCGUUACACUUUUAUCACAUUGUGAUAUUUAUUUCCUGUUCUUCCCAAAGAGUAUGGUUUUUAUUGUUUUAUUUUCAUUUUCAGU